AUGGCGACUACAAGCCCAGCAGUCGCGGGGUCUACUGUUGUGGAACUGAAGCGUCCCGCACCAACGACCAGUAAUAGUGGCCCUCAGUCAACGAAAAAGAAACCCUACGUGCGUCAACUCACCGACAAGCGGCGCGAGCAGAACAGACGCGCCCAGAAGAUCUACCGUGAGAAACUAAGGAAGAGGCUUGAAGACCUCGAGGAGCAAGCUGCCGCCACUGGCACGACCAGUACCAGUAGUUCGAGUGCCCUCGGAACGCCUGCCUCGAGGUCCACGGUAAAUCAUGUCCCAAUAAGAGGAUCGUCCCGGCAGGAGACAAGUGGCUUAGAUGUCGCGCCACUUGUCGCUGCAGGAGACAAGGCUGCAGAGUACUUGAACUCUCGGAUGAUCAGGAUCGAAGACGCCUUUCUCGCCGCGGGCGAUCUUCCUAUAUCUCAUAAUCCGCUCACGAUCGGAGUCCAGUUUGAUGUGAUUCCUAGUCCACCGGCGUCGGAACCAGAGCCGGAGCCGACGCCAGAAUCCAUUCAUACACAUGACGACUAUGGAGACCUCGAUCUUCGACCCAUCUGGCCAAUGCCCCCUCGCAAGGGUAAUAGGCCAUAUCUCCACGACACACCUUCCUCAUCAUACGAUCUGGCACUGACGGCAAUCAGUGCACGGCGUGCGCCCAACUCCCCACGAUCUUCAGUCACGUCUUCAAAGACCGUGCCGGAUAUCUAUGCCAACAAUCUUCGUUUAGUUGGCGUUGGCACCAUUGAAGCAUCCAUUGCCGUUGGCCUAUGCCUCAGGAUCACGCGCUCUGCGUAUAUCAACGAUCACCCAUCCCCGUUCCCUGGAUGCUGCGUCGCAUUGAACAGCGAUGCCGCCGGGCCGAAAUCGAUCGGGUACAAUUUCUUCCAAACACACUUCGCCAUCACAACCAAGCUGUCCGAGCAUAUCAGCGGCGUGAGGGGCGCGCUGAGGCCGUCGCCAGCGCAGAUGAUGAAUCCACAUCCUUGCUACCUCGACUGCAUCGUGUUCCCAUACUUCCGGGAUCAGACAGUGCAGGCGUCGAUGCAGGGUAUCCUAGACCAUGAGCAGUUGUUCUUGGAUAUAUUUCAUGGAGGUCUCGUGUGCUGGGGCGGCGCCUCAGACAUGGCCAAGUCCCGCCGAGCUCGCAAGCGUCAGAUGAGUGAUAAUGUCGCCUGGAGUACCCGCAGCUGGGAGGCCAAGAAGUGGUUCCUCCGUAAGUACAGCUGGUUGAUCGGGACCGAGGAAGACGAAGACAAGAGAGGUGACGCUGACGGGAUCUGGAAGAGCAGCCGUUGGUGGUGGAAUAUGAGAGGCGAUGUUGACAGUGAGGAUGAUGGGGAUGACAGUGGAAAUGGGGAAGACGAUGAUGGAGAGGACCCCUUUGUUGUGGAGAAUACGAUACCGAUUGAAUUUAAAUGGGGGGAGAUGGGGGCAUCAUGA